AUCCGUCCCUCUCCUCGCGCAUUUUCAGCCUUCGUCCCGCCGUGCCCUCCCCGCCGUCUGUCUGGCGCGCAAAUAGCCGCGAGACGCGUGUGUCGUCUCUCGCACACACGAUGGCCCACUUUUCCACGUGGGUCCCGAAAUUAGAGAGCGCCCCGACGCCAGCGCGCCGUUUGUCUAUUCAUUUUCGUCGCGCAGCCGACGCGCUGAUUUCCUCACGUCCUUCCCAAACGGCGCGCUCCGUGCAGUGUCUAAUUAAAAGCUCCCUAGAUAGCGACCGAAUGGAGAAACUUUCGCGCCUUUUGUCUCGCGUCGGCGAGAAUCGCGCGUGCGAUAUCACCGAUUUGACGCGACGGCGAUAUUAGACGGCACAGAUCGCGAGGUAUUUCCGACCGUGGGAGAGACGGACGGCGGCGGAGGAAGCGCAAAACGUUCCCGAUUCACGAUGUUCAACCGGUGAAACAGAUUCGCACAUCGGUAUAAAAGUACCCGGCCGAUGCGAGUCGCAGGGAAAUCGCCAAACAGUCGCGUGCAACGAUGACGCGGGCGGCGUCGGUCGUGAUUCUAAUACUCUUCUCGGUCUCCAGCGUGAGCCAAGUCGACUCCCUGAUACAGGAGCGUCUGGGAAAGUUUCUGGGGACCUUCGGCGCGGUUAAACAAGUGAGGAUACCCGACUUGCUGAAUCAGGUGUGCAACCUGUCGCAGUCCAACGCGACGCUACGCGACGCCUGUUACGGCUGCUUCUACCGCGCCAGCGUCUUACCGCAGGGCUACUCCACGUUAGCAGUCAUUUCCGCGUGCGCCAACACUUACCUCAACAACACUAACUACGGUCACUGUCAGGCCUACUUGCGAAAUACGACCAGUAUGCCGAAUGGACGCAGUCCUGCGUUGAUAUACUGCUCGUUCCUAGAAUGCAUCCGUCAAGUCAAUAAGAACAGUUUGGGCAUAGACAUCAGAGGAGCUAGGAUAGGGCGAGGAGCAGCAUGGCAAAUUGAGCGGCGUCCUUUUAAAUUCUUGAAAGUUCCAGCACUGAGGGGCGUCUGCAUAAUUAAAGAGAUUAAUGCAACUACGACUACAACGACUACAACGACCACAACGACUACAACGUUCACUCCUCCCAUAUUCAUUGACCCGCGCAAUCCUUUCCAAUAAUCUGCACGUCUUUCGAGGCCCGCGACUUCUCUCCCCUCGUCGGGAGUGCGACAUCGGCGACGUCUCCACGCGCAAGAGGAAGAUCGCGCGGACACGGGGAUGUGCGCGCGAUUCACCGAAUUCCUGCUAUCACCCGUGUAUUAUAUUGUACAGUUUUUCCCUCCCGAGUGUGUACGUACUUUAUCGGAUUGAAAACCGCACCGCGAAAUCUGACGCGACGGGCGCAACGAGUUGACCGCUGACAAGUGCUUUCCGCAGCUCGGGGAAUGCGUU